AUGCUGUCCGCUGACCAGGAGAAGCAGAACAGCUUCCAGCGCCGCAUCUGCGAGGGAGACCUGGUGAUCGUCUACGAGAGGCACGACGCGAUGAAGCCGGUGACAGUGCGGGCUGGUUCCGAGCUCCAGAACCGCUUCGGCGUCUUCAAGCACUCCGACUGGAUUGGCAUGCCCUUCGGCUGCAAGGUUCUGAGCAACAAGGGCUCGUUCGUCUACCUUCUCGCCCCUACGCCUCAACUGUGGACUCUGGUGCUCAGCCACCGGACUCAGAUCCUAUAUAUUGCGGACAUCAGCUUCGUGGUCUCCUUCCUGGAGGUCGUCCCCGGGUGCGUGGUUCUGGAGUCGGGAACUGGAAGCGGCUCCCUCACGACCUCCCUCGCCAGAGCUGUGGCUCCUUUUGGGCACGUGUACACCUUCGACUUCCAUGAACAGAGGGCUGCCUCAGCGAGGUAUGUUACCGGGGACAGAGACAUCCUCAUUCUAUCAGGCGUCAUCCUGGGUGUGUACGGUGUUACUAUUUUUUUUCUUAGAUGUCGGAUUGACUCAUGGACCCUGAAUUUGUGAGAGUAACGAGUACAAAAACAGAUUGGAAAUCAUGGUUUCCAGCUCAAAUUUAGUUAUUAGCUUGAGUGGUAGAAGAAUUAAUUUAUUUUGCGUAUGGCACAGGGAAAGAUAUUGGAGAUGGGUAAUCAAUCGAAGGACAUCCUGAAUUUAGUGUUUCUUACACCACAUUGGCCCAGUGUCAAUAUAAAACACUCAAGAAGAUGGAUAACAGUUUUUUUUAUAUAAUUUUUGAAUUAUUUAAUAAUCAUCUAGUCUUCAAUUACUUUGUAUUUCAGAGAAUAAUUUUCCAAACAUACAAUUAUUUCUACGAAAAACGUGAUGUUUCUUGUUAUCUUCCUGAUUUAUGAUAGAAUUUGUGCUCGUUUUGAUACAUGUUCCGUCUUCUGAUCGUGGCAUAAGUUUCGGCCUCAUAAAUAAUUUUAUCUGCUGGAGAAAUGGUGCUAUAAUUUAAUUUUCUCCUAAUGAUUUGGGUUUUCAAUUUCCAUUCAACAGGGAAGAUUUUGAGCGAAAUGGGUUGACCAGAUUCAUCACUGUCAGUGUUCGAGACACUCAAGGGGAAGGAUUCCCCGAAGAGUUCUGCGGCAAAGCUGACUCAGUCUUCCUGGACCUCCCCCAGCCUUGGCUCGCUGUACCAUCCUCUGGUAAGAUGCUGAAGCCUGAUGGAGUUCUGUGCUCAUUUUCCCCCUGCAUCGAGCAAGUGCAACGUUCCUGUGAAGCCCUAACCACCAACUUUACCGGUAUGCUCUCAUCUCCUUUUCACUUCACUUGAUAAUCUUUGAUAAUCAUGUCAAAAAUCAUGAAGAGCUGCGAUUCAUUUACUCAAAAUUGAAGGAAUUCAAUGAUCUUCUCAAAAAUUUCCAAGUUGACUUUCCUCAUCCAAUCAAUGAAUCCUCCUCCUGGUAGGGUUUUUUCUGGAGUAAAUUACACCUGAUAGAGGGAAGUACAUUAGUAUGGACCAAUUCUGGACUGGGAUCAGGCCUUGUGCUAUAUUCUCGAACUGUGGAUGAUAGGAAAAAGAGAGCAAAAACAUGACAUCUAAAUAGAUAUAUCAACAAGGAUUUUCUCACUCGCUAUAUCUAAACCAUGGCUGUUUUAGUACAUUGAUUUGAACCAAUUUGGAUCUGGUCUAGCAUUCUAUCCCAAUGGGUAUAUUAUUGAAAAAUGGGUCUAAUACAUAAAAUUUAAAUAGAUUAGAACAACAUUCUUUCAUCUUUGGCCAAAGGCUGCUUGUUUUUAGUGACGCAAAUGGGGUUUUGAUUUUUGUCUAUGAAGAUGUGAGGACCUUUGAAGUCCUUCUCCGCACAUAUGAAGUGCGAGACGUGAAAUUUGGGAGCUUGGGCGGCGAUGGCAGUGGUGGGGCUGUUAGGAAACCCCCAUGCAAGAGGAAGAACCGCCCCUCAAGUGAUGAGGAGAACAAUGGGAGCAUGGAGAGAAGUACUAGCACAGUUAUGGCGAAGCCCUGUCCAGAGACAAGAGGGCACACUGGAUUCCUGACAUUUGCAAGACUCAGAUGCUCGUGA